GUUAUCCUAAUUUCUAAAUCCAAAGCUUAAAUCUACAGUAGUUCUCUAUAAAAUGAAAAUUUUCCAAAAUAGCAAUUUAAAAAAAAAGUUUUGAAAAUGCAACUUAUUGAUUAAAAUUUCUGAAAGGAUACCCAUCUAUAUAAAAAAAAUGUAUCCUAAUUUUUAAAUCAUUAUCCAAAAUCUUCAUUAGUUCUCUAUAAAAAUAAAAAAUUUCCAAAAAUAAUAGUUUUAAAGAGUAAAUGAAAAUAACAAAACAUAUUAUUUUAGUAAACAUUUAGAUAAACAUAUGUUUUUUAAUAAAAAAUAUAUGUUUUAAUAAAAAUAACAAAACUGAAUAAUAAAUAUAUUUUAAAAUAGUUUUCACAAAUUGAGAGAAAACUAAAUAUUAUUUUUUUUCUGUAUAUAUAUAAAAGUGUUUUCUCUCUUCUCAUGCUGCCACCUAGGAUUCCAGAUCAGAAAGUCAGUGAUCCUAGGCGCGCCACGUGGGAGAACAAUCAAUACACAGCGUUUCAUUAAAUUCAGACUACAUACGGAUGGGCUUUGUUUCUAAUCGGGCCUUAUAUUUGCACAAUUGGCUCAUCCGGUCGCCAGCAGCAACAACUAAGGAGGCUCUGCGUAAUUAUUUUGUAAGCGUUAGUACCUAAAAUCUUGGUAGUUGGACGAUUCGUUUUAAAGUUUUUGCUUUCAUCCUACUCUGAUUAUUUUAUGAAAUCUGAUGUAGAUUCUUAAAAAGAAACAAGCGUCAGUUCUAAGAAUGAUUCACUUCGUCUACUCUUUUGCGAACGGCUCUAGGUCUCCUCAUAUGCCUUAUUAUUUUUUCUGAUUGAGCAGUGUGCUUGGUGCUGUUUAAGAACAAAGCCUGCUUAGUUUGUUUCUCAUAAUACUUAUCAUAGUGUUGUUAAUAAACGUGAAGAGAUACUGCUCCUUACAUCACGACCUUACAGAACAAUAUUGUCAAAUAUAUGUUCUCACUUCUAUAUCUGUUCUUGCGGGAUCCAUGUUACCAUGUAUGUCGUGAUAUGGUUUAAUGUGGGUUACACUUGAAUCAUAUAUGUUUGUUAAAUCAUCAUGUUUCUUUUUCAUCUCUUUUGUAGACUGCUUUCAUGGGUUACAAGCAAGGAGCCAGUAUAUGAAGAUUAUUUGGUCUGUAAGAGUGUUGGAGAAGGAAAUAAUCAAUGGAGACGGAAGAUAAUAUUGCUAGAGGACUCCAAGUGAGCCAAGCUCAAGCAGAGGAACAUCCUCGAGGUGAAGCAGAGGAAUAUUUCUGCAAGACGAGUCAGUGACAAUUUAGUUGGGGUAUUUUUAUGGAAUUUUUCCUUUUUUAACAACCACUUUUUAAUCAUGCCACAAAGUCUUUGUCAAUGUAAGUUUUCAAAAACAUUCAAAUUGUGAACUUAGAUAUGUAUUUUGGAGUUUAACCAUAUUUCCAAUAUGUCACUAUAUCCGACCAAACCCGAGUGAAACCGAACCGCCACCAAUUGAACUAUUACAAUAUCUGAAUGAGACUAAAUUUUUGCUUCCAAAACAUGUAAAUCCAAACUGACCCUAAAAUGAAAUCUGAAAGUUCAUUCCUACUGUGUUGGGUUGGCUGGUGGCGGCUAAUCUGUUUUUUUUCCUUUGUAUUUUGAAUUAGGGUUUCGACUAACCCGUUCUGAGUGGACCGGGAAGUAGUUGAUUUAUUUUCAGUUCAUUUGUAUUUAUUUUGUUCUUAUGUUUUUCCACAUGUCUUUGUAAACAAAAUUAAUACGAAGAUCUUUUUUUAAAAAUAUCUUCCCUAAUAUUUCAAUUACAUAAGAGGUUAUAAGUUUAAGCAAAACAAAUGAUCAGUCAUAGUCAAAGAUUUUAUUAUUUUUGAACUUUUAAUUUAAUUAUUUUUAUAUAUAUUUUUCUUUGCGGAUUUAUUUUAUAUUUUAAGUUAUAUAACUUUUUAUUUUGGAUAUAAAUCUAGUGACUAUAAUUAUUACUUUUUUUAUAUAGGUCCAGUGACUAACAUCCAAUCCAGAUUAAUUAUUUGAUUUUUGUGUGCCUAUCCAUAAAGUUUCUUUAUGCAUGCCUACCAUAAAGCUUCUUGAAAUUAGUAUCUAAAAUUUAUCAUAUUUUAACAUAAUCUGAUCUUUUGUUUAAAUUUAAUACUAAACAUAAAUAGAUUAAUUAAAAGAUGACCACCUAUUAGGAAGAAUAUCUCAUGAGUUCUCAAAUGAGAUACUUUUCUUCUUCUUUUUCAUUUUCAUUCAUUUUUGGAUGAUAAUCUGUAGAAAAUCUUUCAUUGGAUGUGUUCUAAGUUAAUUUUUUUUAAUAUCUCUUACCAACUCUAGUUAAUUCUGAAAACAAAAGGAUUUUGUUCUCUUGUUCAUUCUCCACGCACUGCUAUUUUCCUUGUUUAUAUAUGGACUAAUAUUUCCAAUGUAAUUUACAAAUUCCUCCUAUACAGAUCCAUCUAUAUAUAAUCAAAUUGUGAUGUAAAUGAUUAUUUUGUCACAAACCUAGCCCAUAACAGAUAAUAUAAUGCAGCAAGAGCAUCUUUUGUGGGAACUGGAGGAAAGUAUACUCUCUCGGAUUCCACUGAAAUCUGUAGCUCGAUUCAGAUCUGUUUGCAAACGAUGGAACACUCUUUUAAAUGAUUUGAAGUUCAUUAACAAUCAUUUGGCUCGUCCACAGUUCGUCUUGAUUUCCGAAUCUAAGACUUGUUCAGUAGACGUUAAUUUCGACGGUCCAUCUAUAGAAGUGCAUGACUUACCCUCCGAUAUUCCCAACUAUGAACAUAGGAUGGUCAUGAGAAUGCACUAUUGCGAGGGAUUAUUGAUUUAUGCCACAUCUACGGGCUUCGGGAUUUGCAACCCAUGGUUAAGACGUAUUAGAUGGAUCAAAUCGAAACCAUCAUUUUGUUGGUUCAUUGGGAUGGGAUACGACUAUAGUAAACCCGACAACCAUUACAAGCUCUUUGGGUCUCGUAUGAAUUAUGACACCAGGUAUGUUAAUACCACGGAGGUUGGAUCCAAUGCAUGGAAAUCGUACGAGUUUUCAUCCCAUAGCUGGAGUAUGGUUUGGGGUAGCUAUACUAUAUCUCUGAAUGGAACUUUGUAUUGGAUUGCUGUUAAAAAAAGUGCACGCCAGCCUUUUAUUCUAAGUUUUGAUUUUUCUAUUGAAAGUCUCAAACCCUAUUGUAACUUGCCUGGCAAAAACGAUCUAUCAAAUGUUAGAGUUCUUGAGAUUUAUAGGAGAGAUCGAUUUUCUAUUUUAGAGCAAGACUGGAACACAAGGAAUAUUGAGAUUUGGGUGACAAAAGAUACGAUUAAAAAUGGGGAUGGAGAAUCCGUAGAGUGGAUGAAGUUCAUGAAUGUGCUAGUUCCUAUAUGGUCAAAUAUACUAGUUGACGACUCAGAAAGACCAAGUUACUUCAUCGACGAGAAAAGUAAUGGUCUCGCAUUGUGUUGCAUUAAUGAAAACGGAAAUACGUGUAUUUAUAUUGUCAAGGGAGAUAAGUUUCACGAAAUUGAAAUAAAUGAGUUGGUUGGGUUUCGAACUCGUCAUCUUACCUACUAUCCGAGUUUCGUUCCACUUCCUACUGGGGCGAACGAUGCCAAGUCCCAUUUUGUAUUCCCCAGAGGAGUAGAAGCGACCAAUGGAGUUGGAGAAAACGAAUGGGACGAUGGCUUCUUCGAUAAUGUGAAGAAAAUAAGUGUAGGACAAAGUGAUACUGGCGUGGCCUUUGUCAAAUUUGAUUACUCCAACAACAAGGCAGUUGUAAUCGGAGCCGUUCACGGGAAUGCAACACAUAUUACAUAUGAUGACGUUUUAAUCGAUGAUGAUGACUACAUUGAAGCUGUCGAGGGCACCUACAACGACAACUACAUUACCUCCCUCACGUUCCGGUUGCACAAGAGAAAAAUAGCGCCCCGAUAUGGACCCGAGGAUGGGACGCCAUUUGUGCUCCGAGGAGGAGGAGGCAGGAAGAUAAUCGGGUUUUACGGAAGAAACACUGAUGUCUACCUCACCGCUUUCGGUGUCCAUCGCAACGUCCCCUUCUAGAUUUUUUAUUUCCUACCAAACAUUUAAAAAUAUUACUGCAUCAUUAUUUAUAGUGAUGUUUAAACAUAACUAGGUCAAGAUCCGCACCUUGUGCGGGGUAAAACUAUUAUUAAAUAACAAAAGUUAUAUAAUAUUAUUUAAACUAAUAAUGUUUUAGCAGAAUAAUACUCUACAAUUUUAGAAAGAAAUUAUAAAUCAGAAUUGUGGGUUUUGUACAAACAAAAAUAGUUUCAUUAAUUGUGUGUUUGAAAUCUGACUCGGAUUCGCAGUCGGACCAGUAAACCUGGUGAUAUGAUCCGAUAUGUAAUCUAGUUUGAGUUUUAGGAAAAAAUGUGUUUUGAAAUCAGACCGGACCAACCGAUCCCAUGACAUGCUCUCCUAACCGGUUUCGAAUUAUACUAAAAAACGGAUUUGAGUUAAACCGGUAAAUUUGGUCAAAACUUGUCAAUUCAGUAAAACCGGUGACCCGGUUCAAUAUUAAACCCCGAUUUUCUCAAAUUCAAGUUAUUUAAAAAAAAAAUCAAAAACAGUAUUUCAUUAAAAUCAUUUUAAAAAAUACAUUUCUAAAUAAAUUAGUUUUCAUUAAAUUUUAUACUAUUUUUUAAUUUUUAAUUUUAUUUUUAUCAUUUUAGUUAUAUUCUAAUAAUAAUAUAUUUUAUAAAAAUAAUUUUAUAAUUGUACAUAUAUAUAUAUAUAUAUAUAUUCAAUUUAUAUUAGAAUAAAACUCGGAUAAACCGAUUGGACCGGUCCGACAAUGCCGAAUCAAUAUCUCGUCCGGUUUUCAAAACAUUGGGAGAAAACUAUUAUUUAAAAAAUUGAUAAAAUCCAGCGACCCGGCUAGCGGUUUAACCACUGGUUGAACCAGUACAUAAUUUUUACUUAUUUUUAAUUAAUUGUUUUACUUGCAUUACUAAAAUCGGUUUUGUAUUCUAAUUAAGAAGCUAUGUUUUUUUUAAAUUUUCUAGAUACACUAGGGUAAACCCGCCCUACGGGCGGGUGAGUAAAUACAAAUAGUAUAAAUUUAUUUAUAUAAGUAAUUUAGUUUUAUCUAAAAUAAUACCAAUGUUCAUAAUUUUUACAAAAAUUUAACUAUUCAUUUUAGAAAUUACAACUGUAUAAUUAUUAGAAAAUUGUAAAAAAAAAUUAAAUACAUUUUUCUGAAAAAUUAAUGAUUUUCACUAUGUUAAAAAUAACUUAUUCACUACAAUUAAAAAUAUUUAAAAAUAGAUAAAUAGAUAAUCUGAAACUAUUGUUACUCUAUACAUAUACAUGUUCUUUUUUGAGAAAAUGUAUACAUAUACAUGUUUGUUAGAAUCUUAUAUAUACAUGCAAUAGAAAAUGUAUAAAUGAAAAUGAAGUUAAUCAUGUUAUCAAAAUAUUUGAAUUAAAUUUUUGAAAUAAAUAUUACAGGCUGACUUAAAAAAGAUAACCUUUACAAUAAUUUUGUUAUACAUUAUUAUAUAUUAACUAUAUUGAUUGUAUUUUGUUACUGAAUACAAUUAUAUCUUUUGUUUAUAAAAAGUAUGCAAUUUAGGUUUGAAUAUUUGUUAUUUUUCAAUUUCCAAACUAAAGUUUAAUCAAACUAAGUUUUGAAUUUUUUUUGUUUAUAGAUGAAUUUUUCUCUUAUGUGUUAAGUUUUUAAAUAACUUUAUGAUGAUGUGAUACAUGAUCAAAGAAAAAACAUCAGAUUCUAUUCAAAUAAGAAAACAUAGAACAAUUAUCAUUACACUUGUCAUUAAAUUCAGUAUUUAAAGAAACAAAUACACUGUUUUUAGAACUUACUUCCGAGUUCUUUUACGAUUAUCCAUGCCCUUUGUGGAGUCAAACAUCAGUGCUGCUGGGUUUCUUGAGCAAGAACACCGCAAUGAGAAGGUACGUGCUUAAGUAGACAUGUUUCAAGUCAUUCACCGUUUGCAAAACUGUAUCUGCCUUUAUGUCUUCUCCCGCCUUGUGUCAUCAUCAUGAGGGCGAUGAGACCCUGACUAUCUACUAUUCUUGCCAUGAAAUCAUGUGCAUACAGUGAAUAAAUAUUAUAAGAAAGACAUAAAAUUGGCAACUUUAUGCUAGAGGUUAAUUUGUUAUCUAUACAAACAUAAAUCAGAAGAGAAUACAUGAGAUUCAUUUCCUGAAGAUUUGAUUGUGAAAACAAUCUAAAGAGGUAGAAAAUUAAAUAUACCAAAUUUGGAUUUGAUUAGUGAAGAGUGAACAUUGAUGAACAUGUCAAAAUAGCUAAAAGCUAUAAGGAAUUGGUAAUGAGAACCAAUGGCAUGAAAUAAUAUAAGGAAUUGGUAAUGAGGAAUCUGGCGAGCCCGCAUCCCUUAAUCACAGUUGUUGUAAAGCACUGACUCCAUUAAUUAAGUGAACCACUAUCACAAAUCCCUUUAACCGUAGAAGCUCUUUCGUGAAUUCAAAGUCUUUUUUGCCUGGUUCAUUGUGAAGUUAGUUAUACAUGUUGCAGUCCAUUUACAAAGCAUAGUAAGAUUAUAGCAAACACAUUCACAGUAGCUUAGCUUGAAGACAAUAUCUCUGUUUUAAAGGAGAUGUGUGUGAGAGAAAUCUUAAGUGACAAAGACGCCACGAACAUGCCAAGAAGGCUCUUUCGCUAUUGUUUGUCUUGUCCUGAGAGUUGACUAUGUUGUAACUAAAAAGAGAGAUUCGACGUAGGGAUAGGGUUAAAAUGCCUCUGCAAUCUCAACAAAACGGGUCUUCUCGGUAAACCUAAUAGAAAAAAAAAAUUGUUCCGUGGAGUUAAUACAAAUAAGAUUUAUUUUCGGUGUAGAAUAUCAGAGCUUAAGUUAAUUAAAAUACACCUUUUCAUCCACCAAAGUAAUAUAAACACCCAUGAGAUCACCAUGCUUGUUCGCAUUCUGUGCUUCCCAAAAAUGCAGAAGCUUCAUCACUUCGCCCAUUGGUUUCGUCUUUCCAUAUUCCAUCACUUUUCUCUUCUAGUUGAGGCCCUUCUUGUUGAGAUGCACUGACAAUCUACUUCAUUUCAGGCGUCCAGUCGAAAGAAAAAACCUGUGAAUCCACACAUUUUAAAGUUAAAAAGUUAGGAUCUCUACCAAAUACUUCAAACAGGAAAACUAUUCGAAUCGUAUAGAACGUUCAGACUUAUAUUCCUCCAAGAAUGAAGCUUCAAAGAUUGGCUACACUAAACACUUAAUCAUAAGCUAUAAAACCCAAUAAAGAUGGAUAGUUAGGAAUAAAAAGAUAUACUUUGCAGUGGAGGAAUACAAAGAUAUAUUUGCAGAAUAUAUGUUGUUACCAAAAAAAAAAAAAAAAAUUUGCAGAAUAUAUGUAACCAAUAAGAU